AUGGCCGAUCAGGAUCCCCAAUCUCCCAACCCAGAGUCUGCGACUGCCACCCCUAACAAGCCAAGAAAUAAGCCUCCCAAGCUUGGCAAGAAGUCUCCAGCCAAGCAAGAGCAGACCCCUCCUCCCUCCGAGCAAGGCCAGGAAGAAACCUCGACCUCCGAGGAGAAACAAGACCGCCCAGAAGAGUCCCAGGCGCCCGAAGAGGAAUCAAAGGAAAAGCCAGAGGCCCAGCAGCAAGAGCCCGAUUCCGAAAAGCCUGCGCAGGAAAGCAAUAAGGAAAGCAACGAGGAAGCUCAGCCCGAACAAGAGCCCGAGCCUCAGCCCGAGCCGCAACAAGAACCUCGUCGCCGUCGACGCCCAAGACCUGAUCCCCGCCGUCAAGAGUCAGACGUCGAAUCAAUUGCCCGCAGCGAUAUGGCCGACCAACCACAGCAGCGCCAGCGCACUCGCCGCUCCCGCCAGCCGCAGCAACAGCAGGGUCAAGACGGAGGCCCACUAGGCGGUCUCGGUGGUGUUGACCAGGCUGGUCAGCUUGUACAGAACACAGCCGGUAAUGCCCUGAACGGCGUGACCGGAUCAGCAGGAAAGGCCGUUGGCGGUGUGCUUGGUGGAGGACAAGAAGAAAAGGGCGACGAUGGUGGCCGAGACGAGCAGCUGCGGCUGCGACUGGAUCUGAAUCUGGACAUUGAGAUCCAGCUGAAGGCUAAGAUCCAUGGUGAUCUGACUUUGGGAUUGCUUAAUUAA